AUCUCGAAACAGCUGCUGGAUUUUGCAAUAAGUGUUCCUUGCUCUUUUAAAUUUUUAAUCAACAGAAAUAUACAUUGAGUUGUGCGCGUAUUUAUGAUAAAAUAAUGUUAUCUUAACUGGCUCCUACCCUUCCUAAUCUAAUAUUCAUUUUGUUUUUGAACUUGAGAAUCUUGGUUUUUUCGGUUGUAUCCUGUACGCAAGGCCGCAGAGAUCGUAGACGCUGGCUGCAGCGAUACUUCCAUGGGAUUAUUGAGGAUGCCCGCAUAAGGAUGGCAUCUCAUGGCCGCUCGUAAACAUCGCUUUCAGAUAAGAUCACCACAAUGGCUGGCCGAUUUGUUAAGCGUUUCUGAUUUCUGAGGUGCUACAGCUGCUGAUUUUAAACGCUCCGUACUGUAUGGGAUUCUCUAAAAUUUACGCACUGUUAAAUGCAUCGAUUUCCCCAUGAGAUUAACGCAUAUUGCCUAUCAGCGGACGUCUGAACAUUCAGCGCGUCGGACGUACUUCGCACCAUGCAGGCAACGGCGAUGGAAGAUAAUGGGAUUACUUGCAGUAAUGCUCGUUGUAAUGGUUUUCUUGUCGUUUUCCACCAUAACCGCUUCGGUAGGGACAGCGCGGCCCGCUAAGGACCAGCCGAGCAUGGAAGGCCGUGGAGCGGGGCCCGACGGCGUUGUUGUGCAGCGGGACCAGGCCGGGCAGGCCCAGCCCGUGGAUUUCGAUGACCUGGCCAGUCGUGCCGCUCAAGGCUGGCCCGUAGAAUCGACGGUGCGAAUUUAUCGCCAGCAAGCCGUUGCCGCCGAUGUUCCGGUCUGUUCGGCCGUAGGCAACCAGAUUCUGCAGUCGGGCGGCACGGCAGCAGAUGCGGUGGUUGCAGCGGCGAUUUGCGCUGGCGUUGUCCAUCCGUACAGUAGUGGAUUGGGCGGAGGGGCUCUGAUCAUGUACUACAACGGCACAGACAAAACUGGCCACACGAUCGAUGCUAGGGAAGUUGCUCCGAUUCGUGCCACGGAAGACAUGUUUGUCAACGAGGAAAACAGUACUGUUUCACCAGUUUACGGGUGGCAUUCUAUCGCAGUGCCGGGAGAACUGGCCGGUAUGUGGCAACUGCAUCAGCGCUACGGAAAACUGCCUUGGAAAGAUUUGUUCCAGCCAGCUAUUAAACUAGCGCGGGAGGGCGUUACUGUUACCGGUUUCUUUGCCCGAGUCUUGGCGUACAAUCAGAAAUAUCUGGUGGAGUCUUUUGCGGAUUCUGAUAUGAGGCGGUUAUUUAUGAAUGAAACGACUGGACAGACGUACGUCGAAGGUGAUGUUGUGGCUUCGCCUGUUCUUGCUGAUACACUGGAAAUUAUUGCCAACGAUCCAAAGGGCAUCCAUGAAUUCUACAAUGGCUCCAUCGCUCAGAAACUUGCUGGUGAUAUUCAAAAAGGAGGAGGCAUCAUUCAACUCGCGGAUUUUGCACAAUAUCGUGUGCAGGAGCGCGAGCCGUUGUCCACGAAAAUCUCCGACAAUAUGACGCUGAUGGGCGUGGGUCUGCCUUCGGGAAACGUUGUACUCCAUAAUAUCUUUGGAACAUUGAAGGGAUACAAUUACAGUAAAGCUUGGGUGUCUAUGACGGAUGACGAAAAGGCACUUUUCUAUCACCGUUUCGUGGAAGCCUUAAAGUUUGGCUACGCUCGCCGAUCUCAUUUGAGUGAUGAUCUGUUUGUUCCCGGUUUAGACAGGUUUGUCCAAGAAUUGCUUUCGGCAGAGUAUUUGGAUAAUACAAGGCGAAAGAUUAGUGAUGAGAAAACGUUCGAGGAUCCUCGUCAUUAUGGCGCACAAGAAUCAGGAACUGUAAACCAAGGUGGAACUGCACAUAUCUCCGUUAUUGAUAAAGACGGGAAUGCAGUGGCCUAUAGCACGAGCAUAAAUACAAUAUUUGGCUCUUAUCGAAUUUCUCGAUCAACGGGAAUUAUUUUUAACAACCAUAUGGAUGACUUCAAGACCAGUAACAAGCCAAAUUAUUUUGGCAUACCACCGUCCGAGGCAAACAAAAUCGAACCCGGAAAGCGACCACAGUCCAGUACUUGUCCUUUGAUCCUGAUAGAUGCAGCUGGCAAUGUCAAGCUGGUAGCCGGUGCUUCGGGUGGUACACGCAUUAUUUCCGGUUUAUUAAACGUUCUGACUCGGAUUUUAUUUUUUGGCCAAGAUCUCAAGUCCGCAUUGGAUGCCCCUCGGUUGCACCAUCAACUUAUUCCAAUGCAUGUUGAGUACGAAAAACAAUUUGAUAAGACUCAUUUGGAAUCUCUGAAACGGAAAGGACACAAAGUUGAAGAAAGCAAAGCACCGUACAGAUAUGUUUACAGCGCCGUGGAGGUUAUAUACGUCCAACAAAAAGGGGAAAUCCAUGCGGUUGCUGAUGGGCGAAAAGGCGGAUUACCUGACGGAGUGUAAAUUCCGCUGUUUUUCUGUGCAGAUUUCAAAAUUUUUAAGCGGUUAUUCGUUCAUUCCUUGGAGAGUGGAUAUGGAUUUUUUUGUUUUUACAAAGUUGUUUGUUGGAAGUUUUAGGAGCGAUUGCAGUAUGCGGUACUGGAGCAUCUGAAAAUACUUGAUAAGUGUUUAGCUGUGCGGAUUACUGAGCCGCCGUCGCAGUCUCAUCGUACAGUAAUCAGAAAUUUUGUUUUUGCACGGCUUUUGACCUCUACCGGUGCUAGAGAAGUUAAAUCUGAAAAUAAGGUAACUUUUUUUAUUUUCAGAUCUAAGUGUUCAGCAUCUAUGCAGUUAAAAUAAACAAAACAACAGAAAC